AUGCCGCAGUACCAGGAGCUGCCCUGCGGCGGGCAGGUGCUCGACAUCGACACGGCGCUCAAGGAUGGCAUCCUCGGGGGCGCGCUGGAGCCCAUGGAUGCCGCGGCGGGGGACGCCGGCAAGCAGCCUGUGGAGCUCCGCAAGAUGAUGGACGAGCUGGACGCGGCCGUGGACGGCGGCGGCGACGAGGCGGUGCCGGCGGUCUUCAUCUGCCCGAUCUCGCUCGAGCCCAUGAUGGAUCCGGUGACGCUCUGCACGGGGCAGACGUACGAGCGGGCCAACAUCUCGCGGUGGCUCGCCCUGGGCCACCGGACCUGCCCGACCACGAUGCAGGAGCUCUGGGACGACGCGCUCACCCCCAACGCCACUCUCCGACAGCUCAUCGCCGCCUGGUUCUCCCGCCGGUACACUCGGUUCAAGAAGCGCUCCGCGGACUUCCACGGCCGCGCCGCCGACCUCGUCCACAGCCUCCGGGGCAUGGCGGUGCCCAGGCGGCAGCCCCUCAAGGGCCAGGCCCGCGUCGCGGCGCUGCGGGAGCUGCGCACCCUCGCCACCACCCACCAGUCCGUCACCAAGGCCAUCGCCGAGGCCGGCGGCGUGGCCCUGUUGACGUCGCUGCUCGGCCCCUUCACGUCCCACGCCGUGGGGACCGAAGCGGUCGCCAUUCUUGUCAGCGGGGUGCCGCUUGAUGCUGACGCCAAGGCCGCACUCAUGCAGCCGGCGAAGGUGUCUCUCGUGGUCGACAUGCUCAACGAGGGCGCGGCGGACACCAAGAUCAACUGUGUCCGCCUCAUCCGCAUCCUCAUGGAUGAGAGGGGUUUCCGGCCGGAGACGGUGGCGAGCCUGAGCCUCUUGGUUGGUGUCAUGCGCCUCAUCCGGGACAAGCGGCAUCCGGACGGUGUCAUCGCGGGGCUCGAGCUGUUGAAUUCGAUCUGUGCGGUGAACAGGCCAGCGAGGAGUAUGAUUGUUAGCAUUGGUGCAGUGCCACAGCUGGUUGAAUUGUUGCCGGAGCUAGCAACGGAGUGUGUCGAGCCGGCCCUGGACAUCUUGGAUGCCCUUUCUGCAGUUCCAGAGGGGAGGAUGGCUCUUAAGGAUUGUCCGCGGACGAUACCCAAUGCUGUCCGCUUGCUGAUGAGAGUUUCAGAGGCAUGCACGCGAAGGGCGCUGUCGAUGCUGUGGACGGUGUGCCGGAUGUCUCCUGAAGAGUGUGCACCUGCUGCUGUGGAGGCGGGGUUGGCCGCGAAGCUUCUACUUGUCAUCCAGAGUGGUUGUGCACCGGAGCUGAAGCAGAAAGCGUCGGAGCUGCUCAAGCUGUGCCGCCUCAACUACACUGACACCCUCUUCAUCUCCAAGUGCAAACUCACAAGGACAAUUCAGUGA